AUGUUACAGAAAAAGCUGAAACAGAUGCUAAUUGUGUGCACUGGUGGAUUCACUGCAUUCUCAGCCGUCAGUAUUUACAAAGGAAAUGAGAAAUACUACGAAAAUGUUCUGCUGCCGUUAGUACAUAAAUUAGACCCAGAACUUUCUCAUAAGUUGGCAGUAUUUGUUUCAAAGUACCAACUGUUGCCACAAAGUAAAUACAAGGAUCCAGCCGAAUUGUCAAGCCGGGUUUGGCACUUGUCGUUUAGUAAUCCGGUUGGUGUUGCAGCAGGCUUCGAUAAGCACGCCGAGGCAGUAGUCGGACUAGCGCAGGUCGGAUUCGGAUUUGUGGAGAUCGGAUCCGUCACACCUCUGUCGCAGCCCGGUAAUCCGAAGCCGCGCGUCUUUCGACUCUCCGACAACCAUGCUAUUAUUAAUAGUUUAAAAAUGUCCCAUCUUUUGACUGUGGAAGAACGAGCCGAAAUAGCAGCUCAUUAUGAGUUCUGGGGGUCUGUGGUGCGACCCCAACACCCCCGGCCUAAGAGACUGGCAAGAAAAGGAACAGCUGAGAGCGCUUUUGUCAGAACUAGUGAAAGCCAGAGACAGUUGGGAAUCGAACCCCGACCGCUGCUCCUAUUAAAACUGGCGCCAGAUCUGUCUUCGCAAGAACCCCAACACCCCCGGCCUAAGAGACUGGCAAGAAAAGGAACAGCUGAGAGCGCUUUUGUCAGAACUAGUGAAAGCCAGAGACAGUUUGGAAUCGAACCCCGACCGCUGCUCCUAUUAAAACUGGCGCCAGAUCUGUCUUCGCAAGAAGUCACAGAUAUUGUUCAAGUGCUCCAAGACAAAAAGUGUCGUGUUGAUGGCCUGGUGAUAAGCAAUACAACGAUUGCGAGAGAUGACAGCCUGAUAGGUCCCCAUGUCCAUGAAGUGGGCGGUCUUAGCGGUCGACCAUUGACGCAGCGAUCAACUGAAAUGAUUUCGCAAGUUUAUAAACUCACCAAAGGGCAAAUACCAAUAAUUGGCGUAGGAGGAGUAUUCACAGGCCAAGACGCCUAUGAUAAGAUAAAAGCUGGUGCCAGCCUAAUACAGUUGUAUACCUCUUUCGUUUACCAUGGUCCACCCCGUAUAGAGAGGAUUAAGAAGGAGCUGCAUGAAUUACUACAGUCUGAUGGUUACCGAUCUAUACAGGAAGCAGUUGGGAAAGGAAUUUCGUGAUGAAUAUUUUUGAAAGAAAUGAAUAUUUGCUUCAAAUCUCGGUCAGCUGGUUCUUUUCCCUUUUAAUUUUAAAGAGUGUUCAGUGUCCAUACUAGAAAAUAAGUAUUAGUACAUUAAUGUUGAUUGUAAAAUAAAAAUAGAAAUUUAUUUUA